AUGCUCCCUUGCAUUGUCUUCAUGUUCAUCUGGACGACUAUCAUCUAUGACCCCAUUGCCUGCUGGACAUGGAAUGCCUCGGGAUGGGUGUAUAAAAUGGGAGGACUCGACUUUGCCGGCGGCACCCCGGUGCACAUUGCCUCUGGCUCUGCUGCCCUGGCCUACUCGUUGAUGCUGGGCAAGCGCCGUGGCCAUGGCACCCACGAGCUCAACUACCGUCCUCACAACGUCACUCACGUUGUGAUCGGCACCGUCUUCCUGUGGGUCGGUUGGUUUGGAUUCAACGCCGGCUCUGCCCUCGCUGCCAACCUCCGCGCCGUUAUGGCUGCUGUCGUGACCAAUCUGGCGGCCUCCGUCGGCGGCGUCACCUGGUGUCUCCUCGACUACCGGCUGGAGAAGAAGUGGUCGACUGUCGGCUUCUGUUCGGGUGUCAUCGCCGGCCUGGUUGCUAUUACUCCUGGAUCAGGCUUCGUGACCCCGUGGGCGGCCUUUAUCUAUGGUGUCGUUGGCGCUAUUGCCUGCAACUAUGCCACCAAGCUCAAGUUCCUGCUGCGCAUUGAUGAUGCCCUCGAUAUCUUUGCGGUCCACACCAUCGGCGGUCUGGUUGGCAACCUUCUGACUGGUCUCUUUGCUGCUGACUACAUUGCGCAUCUGGACGGUGUAACCGUGAUCCCCGGCGGCUGGAUCAACCACAACUACAUCCAGCUGGGCUACCAGCUUGCCGACUCCGUCUCUGGGUUUGCUUACUCUUUCUUCGGGACAUGUCUCAUCCUGUUCAUCCUCAACCUCAUUCCUGGUAUGAGUCUGCGUGCUCCGGAGGAGGAUGAGAUCAUGGGUAUUGAUGACGCCGAGAUUGGCGAGUUCGCUGUAAGUUUUUGCUUCCUUCAUCAGCAUAUAACACAUCUAACUGGUUUGCAGUAUGAUUAUGUUGAGAUCACCCGCGAUAUCGUUAACGGCGUUGAGGGUGGCGAUGACAGCUCCAAGCGUUCUGUCACGCCUACCGGUGAGGUUCCCAUAUCGUUUGAAAAGCCGUCUACUUGA